AGCCGGCCUGUUUGUUGGCUUGCGGAGAGGCCGCCAUGUGUUUACACUCAAAGAGAAAGAGGUCAAAGACCCAUCAGGGCAGGAAGCUGUGAGUGUGGUUAGCCGAGCGGAACAGUAUAGGGGAAGCUAUUUUGCCCCCUUUUUUUUUGUACAGUGUUUCCUCUGCGUAGUCCCACAGACUAAACCGGAACCAGCUACUGGAGGACGAGAGUGAAGCAACACUUAAGAACGCUUGUUGAGGUAAAGCUGGGGACAACAUUGAUGCCACCGCUUGUAACCCGGGUCAGCGCGGUUCGGUGUGCGUGCGUGAGCACUCGGGAGACUUUUGUCAUGGGCCCGGCGAUGGCCGCUCUGGCGGGGAACGGGCAGAGGACAGGUGAAGGCAGGCUGUCCUGGCCGGUGUUCCUGCUGACGCUGGCUGCCGUCACCACCUCCUCCCUGUCGGCCCUGUCGCUGUAGCUGGUGGCCCUCAGGGCGGAGGUGGAAGGACUCAAUCGAGCUGGACGCCGGAGAGAAGAGGCCCGGAGACGACACGCGACCUAGGACUUUGUUGUGUCUUUUCAGACUGAGGAUGUCAGUGGGGGAAACAGCCAGGAGUCGCUGCACCAACCUGGCCCUCGACACGCCGUCCCCCCGACGAGGAAGAAAAGAUUGGUGCCUGGAUCAGAACCACUUAUUGCUCAGCCUUGCUUGCAGUUGUUGGCAAACAAUAGCCGGAGAACCUUCAGGAAAGAAUAUAACUCUGAGCCGCACACGGGGAUCCCCUGGCAGGCCGGUCUGAGGAGGGGCUCGGCCCUGGAGGCCGAUGGGGACAGCAUGCUGGUCAGAGAGGAGGGCUUCUACUUCGUGUACAGUCAGGUCUACUACAUGGACAGCACCUUUGCAAUGGGUCACGUGGUGAUCCGGAGGAAGAGGAAUGUGGUGGGAGACGAGCCUCAGUAUGUGAUCUUGUUCCGCUGCAUCCAGAACAUGAACCCCGUCCACCCUUACAACACCUGCUACACAGGAGGUAUUGUGAAGCUGGAGGCCGGGGACCACGUGGAGCUGCUGAUCCCUCGGUCCACAGCCAAUGUGUCCCUGUUCGGAGACACCACCUUCCUGGGGGCUGUCAAAUUGGCUUAAAAUGCGUCACCCGAUUUUGGGUCCGGAGGAACACUGUGGCGGUGGGGUUAGGGGCCGCGAUGGGAGAGAGAGCGACGCAGCGCCGGGACGGUGACCUCGUCUGACUUUGGCUGACGUGAAUCUGUGAGGUGAGAAGAAUACAGAAAGCAGCCAUUUCUGUUCCGGCUGAGCGAGAGACUGAGCAGGCUGCGCCGCCCGAGGGCACACGAAGGGGACUAUCAGUCGAUGUCACGGCGUUUACUCUUCAAAUACAUGUAGCUACUAACUGUAUUAUGCUCAUUUCUAAGAAAAUCAAGUACUUUACCUUCAAAUAAUCCCUGAGACGUGACUUGUACUUGUGUCAUUCUCAUACUGCCCUGAUCCAUAAUCUUUCCUCCUGUAGCAUUCCUCAAGGUUUUACAUAUUUCUCCAGGUAUUCAGACACACUUGUAUCAUCUGAUAGCCAUCAUCUGAUUUCACGUUAUUCAAAUUAAAAUGCAAUAAAAGUGACAGUUCUGUGCAAAAGA